AUGAGCGUCAAGAAUGAAGAUACACGACUGUCCGGCGACGAAGUGUUUUCCGAGGCAGCUCAUCCGACAGCCGAGGAUGGCUCGGAAAGCUCGGAACGAAAGCCGAUGCCGGAGGGAGGGCUGGAGGGUUGGUUGAGUGUCCUGGCUGGGUUCUGUGUGUUUGUUAAUUCAUGGGGGUUAAUAAGCUGCUAUGGCGCGUUUCAGGAAUUCUACGAGACCGUCCUCCUCCCGGGCAAGUCCCCAUCGACGAUCUCAUGGAUCGGAAGCAUCCAGGCCACGCUGAUCGUCAUGGUUGGCAUCAUCACCGGUCCCAUGGUUGACUCGGGAUACCUUCGCCCUUUGAUCAUUGUCGGAUCCUUCCUGGUCGUGUUCGGGAUGAUGAUGCUCAGUCUAGCGACGGAAUACUACCAGGUCCUACUCGCGCAAGGCUUCUGCGUGGGCAUGGGCGGUGGCAUCACCUACAUCCCCGCCCUAGUCGUGAUAUCCUCGCACUUCACCACCAAGCGUCCCAUCGCCAUCGGCUGCGCAUCCAUCGGCUCCAGCGUCGGCAGCGUCAUCUUCCCCAUCAUGUUCCGCAGACUCCAGCCGCAUAUCAACUUCCCCUGGAGCGUCCGCUGCAUCGCCUUCAUCAACCUGUUCCUCGCCUUUAUUACAUGCGUCAUCCUCUGUCGUCGACCCGGCACCAAAACCCGCACCAGAAACCUGAUCGAGUGGAAAGCCCUAACCCACAUCCCCUUCAUGCUGCUCUCCGUCUCCAUGACCUGCGUAAUGCUAGCCUACUACGUCCCCAUCUUCUACAUCGCCACAUAUGCCCGCUCGGCCCUGGGCACGCCAACCAGCCUCUCCAUCUACCUGGUCUCCAUCACGAAUGGCGCGUCGGCGUUCGGCCGCACCGUCCCGUAUCUCGUUGGCUCCCGCGUCAGGCCAAUCUGUAUCCUGAUUGCUUGUACGGCGGCCGCGUCCGUGGCAAUGUUCACCUGGAUCGCGACCACCAACACGGCUGGCUUCAUCGUCUGGGCCUGCUACUGGGGCUUCUUGAGCGGGGUGCUGGUCACCGCGCCGACGUCGAUCGUCGCCCAUCCGGCUUUCUGUCCUGAUACCGAUUACCUCGGCACCAGGAUGGGGAUGAUGUGGGGGAUCAGCUCGGUAGGGUCAUUGGCCGGUACGCCCAUUGCGGGCGCCUUGGUGGAUCUAAAUACCGCAGACUUUCUGCGCGCACAGAUCUUCGCGGGAUGUUUGAUGGUUGCGGCUUUCGUGCUGCAGAUCUGGCCGACGCUCGUCGUGGUCAGGACGGACCGCAUCCGGAAUCAAGAUGGGGAUAAGGAUGAGACGAGCUAGUUCCUUGAAUCGCAGUACCCAUGGCCAGAGAUAUCCGACCCGUGUUGCAGAAUCCAGAUUGAUAGAGGGACUAGCUAGAUAGAUUCCGGAUCAGAACCCUACUUCCCCGCCCGUGUGGUGUGUCUGUCGAGAUAUCUCCCCCUCAUCUAACUAUUCCGAUCUAUAUGACGAUCCCUUAUCACAAACCAUCUAUCUAGCCAGUAACCCUAUCCCACACCCUACCUAAAGUACCAUAAUAUUAGCCCUGCCGUAGUCCGGCUUACUGUACUGUUUUCC